UCAUUAAACACCAACAAUUCCUCUCUUUUUUUCUCUCUCUCUCUCUCUGUCUCUCUCUGUCUUGUCUUCUUUUCUGCUUCUUCUAAUGGCGCCUGCAAAAGAUGAACAAGAGUUCAUUUACAGAUCAAAACUCCCAGAUCUUUACAUUUCAGAUCAUCUCCCUCUACAUUCCUAUUGUUUCCAAAACUUACCAAAAUUCAGAUCACGCCCAUGUCUCAUCGACAGUGCAACAGGCAAAACCUACACUUACGCCGAUGUCGAGCUCAUCUCUCGCAAAGUAGCAACUGGUCUCAACAAAUUGGGAAUUCAAAAAGGUGAGGUGAUCAUGCUUUUACUUCCCAACUCACCCGAGUUCGCAUUCUCUUUCCUCGGCGCUUCCUUUCGUGGUGCCAUAACCACCACAGCUAAUCCCUUCUUCAAACCAGCCGAGAUAGCAAAACAAGCAAAAGCUUCUGAUGCUAAACUGAUUAUCACUCAAGCUUGUUAUUUUGAGAAAGUGAAGGAAUUAGCACAAGAGAAUGACAUUAAGGUUAUGUGUAUCGACUCAUCGGUUCCUCCAGAGGGUUGUUUGCAUUUCUCCGAGUUGACUCAGUCUGACGAGAAUGACAUGCCGAGUUUGGAUUUUGAUCCAAUCAAUGAUAUCGUUGCUUUACCAUUCUCAUCUGGAACUACUGGGUUACCUAAAGGUGUGAUGUUGAGUCACAAGAAUUUGAUUACAAGUAUUGCUCAACAUGUGGAUGGAGAAAAUCCUAACUUGUAUUUCCAUAGUGAAGAUGUGUUACUUGGUUUGUUACCUUUCUUCCAUAUCUAUGCUCUCACUGUGGUGUUACUCGGUGGGAUCCGAGUUGGCUCAACGAUUCUUAUCAUGCAGAAAUUUGAUCUUGUGCUAUUGAUGGAGCUGGUGGAGAAAUAUAAGGUUACGGUGGCUCCGAUGGUUCCGCCGGUCGUCUUGGCUAUUAGUAAAUCUAAUGAGGUCGAUAAUUAUGAUUUAUCGUCGAUUAGGAUGGUUAUCUCUGGUGCUGCACCCAUAGGGAAGGAACUUGAAGAUGCCUUUAGAGCUAAGCUUCCAAAUGCCAAGCUUGCCCAGGGAUAUGGGAUGACAGAGGCUGGGCCAGUUACGAUGAGCUUGGCGUUCGCGAAGGAACCAUUUGAUGUAACAUCAGGGUCAUGUGGGUCUGUGGUUAGAAACGCUGAGUUGAAGAUCGUUGAUCCGGAGACUGGUGACUCGCUGCCCCGAAAUCAGUCGGGAGAGAUUUGCGUUAGAGGGACCCAGAUUAUGAAAGGUUAUCUCAACGACCCCGAGGGUACAAAGAAAACCAUCGACAAAGAAGGCUGGCUACAUACAGGUGACAUCGGCUACAUCAACAAUGAUGGUGAGAUCUUCAUCGUGGACCGGUUGAAAGAAUUGAUCAAAUACAAAGGGUUCCAGGUGGCCCCCGCUGAGCUCGAAGCUAUUCUCAUCACCCAUCCCAAAAUCUCUGAUGCUGCAGUUGUACCUAUGUUAGACGAAGCUACCGGCGAGGUUCCAGUUGCAUUUGUCGUGAGAUCCAACGGUUAUAAUGUCACCGAAGAUGAGAUCAAGGACUAUAUCUCCAAACAGGUGGUGUUUUACAAGAGGAUCAAACGGGUAUUUUUCAUGGAUGCAAUCCCGAAAGCUCCAUCUGGCAAGAUUCUAAGGAAGGAUUUAAGAGCAAUGCUGGUGAACGGUGUUCCCAGCUAGUUAUGAAAGAAGGUUUCCAUGGCAAAGAAGAAAUGGGAAAAUAUAUAUAUAUAA